GGGCUGUGCUCUGAGGCGGGGCUGCGACGUCAGACGCCAACUUGGCUGAUCGCCCCUCAUCGAAACUUUUUUCUAUAUCAACCACAAAACUUCGCCAUCAAACCAGGAAGUCUUCUUGGUAUCACCAGUGUAUUGUUCUUUUUUUGUAUUAGCGACAAAAGCAUAGCAGCGCUGUUUUCGAAUUCGCCAUUGUACAAUACCUUCUGUCGUUUGGCCCUUUCAUCAUCUUCAGCAUCUUCGCCACCAUUAAUCAUCCCCUACACCAUUCUCGCGUCACGCCCGCUGAUAAAACAAUCAUGCUCCCUUUACACCAAGCUACUGGUUCCGCUACAACACGGAAGCAGGCUACAAAUGAGGCCCAUGGCUCUCGUAUUGUGUCUAAGCCGGUCCCUGACGCUCAGGCCCGCGACCCCCGAGGCUAUCAGAUUUCUCAGAUCCGCAAACGCUAUGUGCCUACAGAGUCCACAGCCAACGACGGAGCUGCGCUUCUCAAGUUUCACUUGAAACCAUCCGAUCCCGAUUUUCCCUUUGAGCUCGCCUAUCUUGAUUGCGAGAUUAAAGUGCCCAAGUCGUAUCCUAAGGGCUCGCCAGAGCUCCGCGUUCUCAACAAAGAUAUCCCCCGUGGAUUUAGUAUCAAUGUUGAACGGGGCUGGGAUGCCCUAGUAACAGAGCGCAAAGGUGCCACGCUUUUGUCGCUUUGCAAUGCGCUCGAUAAGAACUUGGAAAAGUUCCUCUCCGAGCAAAAGGUGGAAACCAUCAAGAUUGUGACUUACAAGGACACAAGACACUUGGAUCAGGCACAGCCAACGCGCAACACAGCCAUCUCACAAUCUUCUGCUCCAGCAGUACAGCCUCCAGCACCGUCUGCCGCUCCUGUGUCACAACCGGCAAAGUCGUACGUACCUGAGCGAACCUUUACUCGAGAAGAAAUGAACGAGGCCAAGGCGCGCCGUGCGCAAGAGGUCCGACAGCUUGAAGCUCGUAUGAGCAAACUCACUCUAUACCGUCGCUCCGCUGAUGGUAUUGUGUAUACGCUCCCUCUCGAACCUAAACGAAAGGAGGAUUUGCCUGUUGGACUACGAUCUGUCAAUAACAUCCACCUUAUUAUUCCCAUGCUCUACCCGCUACAAAGUCUAAGGGUGCAGUUGAAUGAAGCUGACGCGGCUGACGCUGAACCUAUCGAGGACAUGUUUGUGGAAAGAGCGGAAGCUCAAAAACAAAUGUCGUUGAUGAGCCACGUCAACUAUCUCGCGCAAAACUUGCUAGCCAUGUCCAAGCAAGCGCAGAGUAAAGCUGCCGCUCAGGCGAAGCUUGUAGCCCUACAAAAAGCACAGCUUCAAAAAGAAUCCGAGGCAAAUCUCGAAGUCUCCCAACCAGCAGAUGAUGACAAGAGUCACAUCAAGGUUAUCCCCCGCCCACCUGAAUGGAGUUUUGGCGAAGAGGAUGAUGAAUCCUCGGAAGAAUAUACCGAUUCGGAUGGCGGUGCUGCCAUCUCAGAUGAGGAGGCCCCGCGCGAAGUCCACGAUGCAGUCAAGGAUGUGCCAGAACGUGGAACCAUGAUUUCGUUCCCCUCUGUUGAGCUUCAUGGGAUUGAGCUUUUGCAAGUCUCCAUCCUCAAUCUCAAUGUCAAGUGUGAGCGCUGCAAGACCGUAAACGAGCUGACGGGACUCAAGCCCAACGAAGAGAAAAGUAUAAGCUGCAGAAAAUGCGGCACUAUCUUUGCGGUCACGUUCCACCCUCAGCUUGUACAUGAACACUCCACGCGAGCUGGCUUCAUGGAUCUAUCCGGCUGCAAGGUUGCAGAUAUGUUGCCCAGCACAUUUGUGCCCACUUGCGGUCGUUGUUCGACUGCUGGUAUGGGUCUUGUCGCUGUUCGAGGUGACAACAUCUCCAACGUUUGCCGCGAGUGUCACGGCAAGUUUACGUUUAAGAUCCCCGACGUCAAGUUCCUCUUCAUUACACCAGGUACGGCACCGCCACCGACAACUGGCCCGCGCCGAAAACAGGAAAAGCUGGGCUUAGUGGCAGGCGAAUCACUACCGAAUCACGGUGCCUGUGCUCAUUACCGCAAGUCAUACCGUUGGUUCCGGUUCUCUUGCUGCAACAAGGUCUACUCGUGUGACCGUUGUCAUGACGAAACCGAGGACCACCCUAUAGAGUGGGCAAACCGCAUGGUUUGUGGUUGGUGUAGUCGCGAACAAAACUAUGCAGUUGAAUCCUGCCGUUUCUGCGGCAGAGGCGUCAUUGGACGCAAAGGCCACGGAUUCUGGGAGGGCGGCAAAGGCACGCGAGACCAGCAACUGAUGAAUCGCAAGGACCCGCGCAAGUACAAGAGGUUAGGCGCGGCCGUGAAGAAGGCUUGAAAGUUGUAAACAGAUCUGGUUAAGCAUACUGCAAGGAGACGGAGGUGCGACAGCCGUCUGUCACUAGCGCUGUGCCACAUGUAUUCUAAAUUUGGUAGCCAAAAUAGAAUGUACGUUUGCCGCCCAAUGAAACCCCGCCGUGUGUUAGCCCGUGCGCUGGGAUCGAAGUGGCGCUCAGGGCGUCGUUUGUGCUUGCUAGGCAAGGCUUCGGCAGUAGGUGGCCGACUGGAGACUAAGUUGGCACAAGAUGGGGGGCACACAGGGUUAAUGACGUCGCAGACAGUUUGGCCCGGUGAGAAAACUCGAACCCAGUAAUGUAUGAUCAGCACAUUGUUUGGAAACACGUCAGCAGAAACGUAUCCAUAGUCUGUUGCAGCUCAUGCUCUGGUUCUGGUAAAGAUGAACCAACAGGUCAUAGCCAUUCUCUGUAACAACCAGCCAUUGGGAUGGCAAAUGGUAGCAGGUAGUAGUUUACACGACCCCAGACGAGAAAAGAGCUGUCAGCCGCAAUUUCCGGAAAGCAUACAGAGAGGUACAGUACAGACCUGCGCGGAACCAAUGCUCCCUCCACCUCCACUGGUCAGGCUACAGAGGGGCUUGCCGCUAGCGGGCGUUGCUCAUUUCCCCUUGCGGCGCCCACAUCCGUAUGGCAGCACAGCACGCGACCUUGCUCCUUUCUAGGCCGACGCACCGGCUGCCGCGCU